AUGAGAACAACAGAAAAGAGAAGGGAAAAAAGGAGUAGAAGAGGAGGAGGAGGAGGAGGAGGAGAAGAAGUAAGAGGAGAAGAAUUAAAAGAAAAAAAACUAAAGCAGAAGGAGGAAACUAGGGGAAAACAGAGGAGAAGUAUAAGGAGAAGAAUUAGGAGAAGAAUAAGGAGAAGAAUUAGGAGAAGGAAUGAGGAGAAGGACGAGAAGGAGAAGAAUGAGAAGAAAGAUGAGGAGAAUAAGAAUGAUAAGCAGAAUAAGGAGAAGAAUAAGAAGAAAGAUGAGGAGGAUAAGAAUGAGAAAAAGAAUAAGGAGGAGAAGAAUGAGGAGAAGAAGUAUGAGGAGAAGAAGGCUGAGGAGGGGAAGAAUGAGAAAAAGGAUCAGAAGGAGAAGCAUGCAAAGAAGGAUGAGGAGACGAAGAAUGGAGAGGAGAAGAAUGAGGUGGUGAAGAAUGAGGAGGAAAAGAAUCAGAAGAAGUAG